CGCUUCUUUCUUUUCUACCUAAACCUUCUGCCCAAAAACAAAAUUCCUCUUCUCCUAUGGCUCGUCUAAUCUCCAAUUCCUUAACCCGAACCCGGACCCUGAACCUGACCCGAACCGUAUUCUCUCCACCUCUUCUCCUCACACUCCGUCACCGAUCAAACUCCAAUCGCUCCGGAGGAGGAUCCGGCGGCGGUGAAGGUGAUUCACCACCUCACCCCCAGGUAAUCGAGAUCGACCUUGAUUCCUCAUCCAGUGGAUCAGACGGUGGGAUAAAGAAGUUGGAGGAGGUGAUUCAUUCGGUUAUCGUGAGGCGUUCUGCUCCAGAUUGGUUACCUUUCUUGCCUGGAUCCUCAUACUGGGUCCCACCUCCACAACCGUAUGUGAAGGUAGGGGGUAUACAUAGUCAUCGUGGUGAUUUUGAUCCUCAUAGGAUACUAGAGGUUGUUGGGAAGAUGGCAGCUGUGAAGAGUCAUUUUGGUUCAGCUUCUUCAAUAUCGUCUUCCUCGUUGUUGUCAGAGGAUGAAACGAGGUCGGUUUCUCGUGUUCGUGGUUGGCCUUCGUCCUCUUUUUUUACUGGAGGAACUACAUUCCCAACCCCAGUGCAGGUGGUGGAAGUGGAGGUGAAGCUUGAGGACAACCUGGAUUGUGAUUCUAAAUCUGAGGACGAAGGAUAACUGAGUUUGUCUGUGUAGUGAGCUUCUGUAGCUUAGUUACCUUGUAAAUUCUUUGAAAACCUGGAAAACAUAAGAAGCUGCUUACCUCAUGAAGGACGAGCAAGCUAAGUUAAACAGAUCGGAGUUUGGGGUUUAAGCUCUUCCAUCCGCACUCUUGUUCGAUGUAGUGGUUCAAUGCUCAGCCUACCUAGAAAAAAUCUAUGUAUUUAUGGUGUUUGAACUGUAUGGUCUAGAAAAUAAUCAGCCUUUUAAGUUUAAUGCUCUUUGCUUUAUGUCUAA